UAGCAGAGACAAUUUAGAGAAAAACAAUGACACAAAGGCAUAGAGCUUUGAGCUGUGUUCACCAUGUUCCUUAAAACCAUUCUCCUUCUGCUGUUUCUAGCUCUUGUACGAUCAUCGAUCUCAGAACGCUUCGAUCGAAAAGAUUCCGCCCCUUCCCUCGCAGAUGUCCAAAAAGGGUCGAAUCGAGGGUUAGUUUUGGUGAAUCCAAAGCAAGUGCAACCCUUGGAGAAGACGAUUCGACGCUUUCUAACCAAAAUAGCGGAGCCUGUGAAGAGGCCGAUUAUACUAACAAGAAGAUUCAAGGAGGACGAUGUGCAAUCAACGAUUCGAGAAAUGUGCGACUCGGUGCGCAAAAGGCUAAUGCAAUUUGCUAAAGAUUGCGGACUGAGGACCACUGUUCGUCGCUACGAACAAGCCUCGAACAAUGUUUCGCUGUCCGAGGAUUGGUUUUCUGAAACGUUGCUGCAGGGAGCAUAUCUGUUGCGCGAUCUGGGGAACAUGAUCAACGAGAUCGAGGGUGAAAUUGAUCUGCUUGCCGGUGGACCCAAUGCCACGACACAGGGAAGCAAGGAAUUGACUCAACAAGAUGGCAGCUUCCAGUUCCUAGGCGUCGUGUAUGACGCAGCAGACUUUGGCGACAGGCUGUCCCAGUGUCUCCUGCAGCUGUCAAAAGGAGGGUUCAGAAGGUCCUUCGUCCUCAAUCGAGCCUUCCUCAAUCUGACUAGGCAUCCACCAGACGUUGUAGUGAGGACUCUGAGGUCCAGCGCGGGUGGGGCAUUGUUAGACAACAAAAGUCGAAGGAGACGCGGGUCCUGGCGCGUUGCCCUUUGUUUUUCCAUCAUGAAGGCCGAGGGAAUUAAUUUCGAAGAUUGCAUGCGCGACGUGCAGGACCUAGAAAGGUGUUUGUACAGCAUGAGGCAACAGAGCAAAGAGGACGUCGAGGAGAAAUCGUGGAUGAAGGCGAUCCAACGGUUGAGCGACUGCAAGAUUCACUCGGACGAGCAGGGAAAGGUGAUGGUGUCUUGCAAAACCAACCGCGGAACGCCGAGGACGGCCAAACAGAAGUUGAAAUAUGUGUUCGAGAGGAUCCUGGAUAAGAAGAUACCGAAACGAUCGCCUCUGCACAGAGCUGCUGAUGAUUUGGGCGACACUUUGUCCGGCAGCCAAUUGGGGCUUAAGUUCGUUGAUGAGUUGUAUCAGUGUUUCGGAAUUUACGACGAGGGACUAAAGAAAUUGAAGAGACUGUCAACUCCCGGCGGGAAAGACAAGACAGCCGCAGCAAGGUACAAAGAAGUCUCCAAGGCACUACGAAUGUACAAAAAUGGCGUAUUCGCGAGAACGUUCGGUGCAAUAGGGAAGAUGCAUCGUUCUGCAACAGAGUUUGAGAAAGUACUCAUAAACGGGAUCAAAGUCACUUUUAACGAGACUUGGCAGAGCCACGUGAGGAUUUUUUCCAGCAUGAUGGAGUGGAUGAAUAACCUGCUGGAGCUCCAUGGCGGCGCGAACAGUGAAAAUAUACAAUCGUCGCCAGACGCAAGCACGGCGGUCGAAGCGUCGAACGAAAACGAAGACUCCAAUAUGGAGGACAGUUCUGAAAGUGGCUGGCGUCAUGUUGCUGUAACUCGUUCUAAAGCUGAGGUUAUGAAAGAGGUGGACGCCUCCAUGAACGAUUUAAUGGCGUCCAUGAAUCGCGUUAGCAGACUUAGGAGCACGAACGACAAAAGCAUGUUGGCUUGUCUGGCGAAUAAUCUUCUGUUGGUUACAAUGUUCAUGGAAACUAUGGGCUUUGUUUCCACUUUGUUCUGCUUUGGACAGCCCACCAAUGGCGGACAGAGUUCCAUGGAGUUUGACGACGAAUUGAGACGCACGCGCAGAUCGCUGCCCUUUGUGGAGAAUCAAGAUUUUGAUCCGAUUGUAGAGGAUUUUUUAGUCCUCCAAUUUUAUGAAAACAUCACGUCAAAUAUUCGCAAAAAUUGAUCCGAUCCUUUUAAAAGGAUCGAGAAUUAUUUUUCCAGGUGGAUGAAGAAAUAAUGUAGUAAAUAAAAUAGCUGUAUCGACGUUAACG